AUGGGUAACUCGAAUAGGAGAGAGACGAAUAAGAAGGAAGAUGAAGAGGAGGAGGAUGAUUUAGGGAAGGUGAGUGAGGAGGAACCAGGGGACGAUGGUAGGAGAGGCGAUCCUAAGGGUCGUAGCAAGGGAGAUGAAGUGAAGGGUAGAGGACUCCUGGACGAAAGCAUAAUUAACCUCUUCUUUUAUGAGAACUACUUCAAGAAUUUCUUCAACUUAAACGAUAUUAACAAGUUCGGUUUUACGGCGAAUAGCACCAAGGAAGGAUGUGAGGUGGAAGGGGGUGGGGAGGACAAAGGGACAAAUGAAGAAACUGUCAAAAUUAGGAACAACAAAAAGAUCGAAGAAAUGACCCUCCACAAUAACAGGUACAUUAAGAAGGGGGUAAGCGAGUCGGUAAGGAGGAAGGACCUGUCCGAUGUUAACUACAUAUAUAGGAAGGUUAGGAAGUCGAAGAGGUAUAUUGCGUCUGACCAGGUGGAGACUUGCAUGAGGAAUUAUUUGUACCACAUUGAUAGGAGGAAGUUCCCCAUUUGGAAGGAGUCCUUGGGGGGGGAGAGAUCGGGUGAAAAGGAUGCCCGUACGAAUGUGGGGGGAGGAGCAGCAGGAGGAGCAGCAGGAGGAGCAGCAGAAGCAGCAACGGAAGCAGCAGCGGAAGCAGCGGAGCAGGUGAGACGCGCAAGUGACGUGGGAGAUGCGGACACCUUGGAGGAGGUCGAGCCGCAGAGACGCCUGAAGGGACUCCCGAGUGAAGUGAAAAAAGGGAGAAGUGGCAAAACGAAAGGGGAGGGAUGCCCUCGCAAAUGGAAAAAGAAUGUACCCCACAGAGUGAAGAUAGGAGAGGACAAAGUUACGCUUCGGCGGAAAAGCACUUUGGGUAGGAAGUAUGACGAAGUCUUUUGCUUGUACAGUUCGGGCAGAAAUUAUCGUCGUGCGAGGAGGAAGGGGAUGGACGAUGUGGGGGGAAAGAGGAGGAAGGAUAGGGCGGAAGCUGAGGAGGAAGCUGCGGAGGAAGCUGCGGAGGAAGCUGCGGAAGAGGCUGAGGAGGACGCUGCGGAAGAAGCUGAGAAGGAGGCCGAGGAGGACGCUGCGGAAGAAGCUGCGGAAGAAGCUGAGGAGGAGGCCGAGGAAGAAGCGCACCUGCGCGGGAAUGUGGACUCGGCACAGUUAAGUGGAGACAGACAAUUGCCAGGGAAGGGUCUGGACUCCCCUAUGAAGAGCGAAAUGGGGAAGAGAAAAAGUGACAACUCUUCCUACGCGGUGUAUAUCAAAAAGACCCUUUCGAAGGUAUUCAAUAGGUACGAAAUAAAUAGGUACGGAUUGGUGAGGAAGAAGAAGAAGGGAAGCAUGUUGUUGGGUCAUCUCCUUAAGGAGAAGAAGGAGCAAAUGAACAUGGGGAUUUCUUUCUCCCCAGCAGGGUUAUUAAUACCAUAUCAUCUAGGGGUGAGCAGUUUGUUAAUAGAAAAAAACAUACUUAAUAUGCACACGAGUAUAGCGGGUUCAUCGGCAGGUAGCAUCUGUGCGUGUUGCUUGGGUAUCGGCUUAAGAGUAGAUAAAUGCUUUUUUUUAAUUGAAAAUAUUAUUAGUAAUGUGUACAAGAACGGGUGUUACCAGAAGCUGCAAAAUGUGUUAGAUGUGGAGCUCAACAAGUACCUCUACACAGGCAGUUACAAUUUUUUAAACAAACGAAGUGGAAGCGUCUUUGUAGGCAUCACACAGAUACUCCCCUACUAUAAGAGGUUAAAUAUAACGAAAUUUUACGACGACAAUGACCUGAUCAACGCAGUAAUCGCGUCGUGUAAUAUUCCUAUGUAUUUGUCGAACAAUAUUUUUGUGAAUUUUAGAAAUAAAAAGUGUAUUGAUGGAUUUUUCAGUACGAAGAAAAAAGAAUUUGGUUGCCCCAGCACGAAGACCGAGCGGAUAGUAAAGGUUUCACCCUUCGACUCGGACUAUGUGGGUAUUGAAAACAAGAACAAUAGUGUUAUCAGUCCUCAUAUGGUUAAAUAUCGACAUUUGAUUUUUCUCUUUUUGUGUGUGAAGAAUUUAUUUCACCGGUUGGUUGACAACGUGUGGGUGGAGAAGGACUAUGCGUUUUUGGUUCGUCGGUUGAAGCGCAUCAUGGAUUUGAGGAUCUUCUCCUGGGGGGGGUUCUUGCGCGAUUACUUCUGCGCCCCUGGGGGGGGCGAUCUGGAUAGGGGCCAUCUGCAUGGGGGCUAUCUGCAUGGGGGCGAUCCAGACGGCCCCGACUUUCCUUGCGAGGCGGGCCCCUCCGAACUGAUGCACCGCCUGGAAGUGAGGCUCAGCCGGUUCCGCUGCACAUGUGGCAGGAGUGCCGCCGCGAGGGAGCUCUUCCUGAGGGUGAACCGGGAAACCCUCUCCCAGUUCGAUCGGCACAACUGCAAGUAUUCUAAUUUUUACAGCUUCUCCGUGACGCUAAUAAAUGUGAUGAGCGCCUACUUUGAGGAGAACUUCUUCCCCAGCAGGCGGUUGAAGGAGGCAGUGCUGGGGGGGUUGCGGCAAGAUGGGGGAGACACAGUAGGGGAGGAAAAAGGAGAGAAGAAAGGAGAGAAGAAAGGAGAGGAAAAUGGAGAGGAAAAAGGAGAGGAAAAAGGAGAGGAAAAAGGAGAAAAAAAUGGAGAAAAAAAUGGACAGAAAAAUGGAGAGAAGAAAGGAGAAAAAAACGGAGAAAAAAAUGGACAGAAAAAUGGAGAGAAAAACGGAGAGGACGCCCAACUGGAAAACUUUUUCCUUCUCCUGGAAAAAAAACAACUGCUCAGAAUGGAGGAGCACAUACGAUUUCACCCCCAGCUGGAGAGCGAAGUCAUUUUAUUUUUUUUCAAGGAGCAUUUCGCCAACGAAAGCAUCGCACGGUUGGAAAAGAGGUUCAUAAAGAGGAGCAUCCACCAGCUGCUGGAUUCGUUGAAGGAAAUUUGCUUUGUUGAUUGUGUGGAGAGGUGUGUGCGGAGGUUAGUUCGCUUGAGGCGCAGCGAUGAGAAGGGUCGGGGUGAUGGGAGGUUGGUUUUGUCUGGCUCUAAGGGGGAGCCCCCCGGAGAGGACUUCCAACCGCGCGUGAGAGUGAUUACCCAUUAUUUGAAGCACAGCCAGAUUUACAAAAACUUCAUUUACAUACUUAACGAAAUAAAAGCGGCGAACGGAAGAGUCGUUAAGGUUAGCGAGCACAACUACUACAGCUUCAUGUGUCUGAACGGGGAGGACAUGGGCGAUUCUUACCUCUUUUUGUACCUCUACGUGUAUGCCAAUUUGUGCCACCGGGAGUUGUUCGCCCACGCGGGUGGGAGAGCCGCUGUCAGGGGUGGCGGCGUUGUCAGCGGUGUCAGCGGUAUUAGCGGUAUCAGCGGCGUUAGCGGCGUAGGCAGCAGUGUCAGCGGCAUCAGCGGCGGUGAUAACUGCGUCUGUGGCAACUGCAUCUGUGGGGCAGUUACCUCCAAGCCGCGAGGAAGAAGCCCCCUCCUCACUGAAGGCAUCAACUGUGGUGAAGCAGCUCCGUGGGGCUAUAUACCCAAAGGGGAUGGCGAGUUGGCACAACAUAUGGUGCAGAAGAGAGAGUCCGUGACGAACGCGAGUCAGGAGCCGCGAACGAUGAGCUUAACGCAAAGAUUCUCGGAGCUGUGGGCGGUUAGGAAGCGGAAUGGAGAAGAGGGUGGAGAGGGGGAGGAGGUGAAGAAGGAGGAGGAGAAGAAAGAGGAGGAGGAGGAGGAGAAAAAGAAGCAUAAGGUGAAGCAUAAGGUGAAUGACUCUGACCAGAUUAGCCAUGCGAGUUAUGUUAACCUGUUUAUGAGAAAAGAGGACGAAAUGGCAGUGGGUAGUAGUCACACGCACUAUGUCAGAAGGAGUCACAGCGGAAUAGGCAACAAAUUGGGGGACCAGAAAGUGGGUGGUGAGAGUGCAGGAGGGGAGAGUCCAGAAGGUGAGAUGCGCCAAGUGUACCAGAUGCGGGGGUCUCAAGGGGGACAAUCUACAGACGAUAUGAAUAAACACAGAGUGAAAAGUUACUCGUUUUUUAAGAAGGUGGAGAGUGAAAAACCGUCUGUGGGUGCAGAACCCCAACUGAACUGUGGUCAUAAAUGUCAAUUUGAGAAGGGCCUUCCUCGGAUGCUCAACAAUUUGCUCCUUUUUAACCAUGACGGUGGAGUCAUUAAAAAGUUAGACGAGUUUGUGAAGACGAACAGGAGUAAAAUAGCUACCAUGAAUGAGCAGCGGAGAAGUGAGAUAUGCUCGCACCUACAUGAAAUUGAUCAUAUAUACAGAGAUAUGCUUUUUUUGCAGAGAUUUGUGUUCUCCAUUAAUUUUUCCGAGCAGACCAGGUAUAAGUUUUUGAGGAAGGGGAGGAAGGGUGCAGUGGAUGGAGAGGCGAAGUCAGCUGGGUUGGAGAAGUCAUUUGGAUUAGCGGGGCCACCUGGAUUAGCGGCUGAAGUGGAGGGAACUAAAUGGGAAAAACCCACAAAGGAAGAGUUAACAGGACAAAUGUCGCCAAGCAAAGGACGAGUGAAGAUCCCAGGUUGUGCUAGAACAGGAGGAGAGGGACAGGAAAGAACGAUCUGCACGAGCAUUGAAGAAAUGUUCGUUUAUGGCUCGAUGGAGAAGGAGGUGUCCGAUGUUGGAAAGGUUACCACACAGAAGAAUGAUAACAAAGUAAUGGAAGACAUGUUAAAGGUACCUCCAAAAAGUGGAGAGGACUGGACCAAGAGAAGAAGGGGAUCUGAUAUCCUUCCGGAGAGAAGAGGUUCUACCAAACAGAUGCGGACAGAAGUGACGAUGCAUGAUGGUUCACCGGAUAACUUUGUUGAUGAUGUAGAGACAAAUAUAGACAGAAAAUUAUAUGAUAAUGAUCGAACCUACUUUGUUAAAAAUGUGUUCUCCAUGAGGAAGUUACUAAAAAUGGCUUUGGAAGGAGCAGACGAUAAAGUAAUAAGAAAGAUAUAUGACUUGGGUCGUAGUGACACUUACCUGUGGCUAUACACCGAAUAUUUAAACGUGUGCAUUUUUUGUUUUAAAAAGGUUUACCUUUUAUAUGUCAAGCUAGUUUCUGUGUUUGAGUCGCUGCUUGGGAUUACAAGUUUGGGCAAGCGGAGGAGGAGGAAGCAUGACGUGGCUGCUAUGCUCAGCUCGAUGCAAAAGUUUGUCCUUUACGUGAACGGAAGGGCGUUCAACGUGUUCGAGCUGUGCAGUUUUGUGUAUAUGUGUUUUGGCGGCGGGGGGGGAGGAGCAUCAGGUGGAGCGGCAGGUGGAGCGGCAGGUGGAGUAGCAGUUGGAGCGGCAGGUGGAGUAGCAGGUGGAGCAUCCGGUGGAGUAGCAGGAAAGGGGACAGCUCCCUCAGGGGAGGGUUCCUCGCAGAUGACAAUGGUAGAGGCAGCGGUGAAUGUGGUGGAGGAGCCUGCGCGUGACGCUACUCGAAGGAGGAGGCCCUCUCGCUGUGCUGUUCACACGGAGAGGUGGGGAGAGGAGAAGAAGAAGGUGGAAACGAAAGGAGAAGCGAAGGAAGAAGCGAAGGGAGAAGCGGAGGAAGAAGCGAAGGGGGAAGGGAAGGAAGAAGCGAAGGAAGACGCGACGGAGGAAUGCCCAAACGAGGACAACGCUUCCGAUGCGCCAUUAGCUAAACGCGAGAAGCAACACAUCCCUGAAGGGACCCCCCCACACGCUCUCCCCACGCACGCUCUCCCCUCCCAUCGGCAUUUGGAGGAUGCCCAAGCGGCGGAUGCAAAGGUGUGCAAGGGCCAUCACUUGUCUAGGAAGGGCAAACGGGGGAGUGGCCGCCUCAAAAGAAAAGAAAAAAAAAAUGAUAAAAUUAGAAAACCCAGCGGGGAAGAGAAGGAGAAUCUACCCCACCAAAGUAGCAACACUCGAAAGGUAAUCAGGGGCUUCCACCCAGGUAGGGUCUCCAAAAUGAAGCAAAAGAAAGGUAUUCAAAAAGGUACAAAGGAAAGGAAGCCAAGAAGUAUAAGUCUACCGGUUGAUCUUCACAACACCGUUUUGAAAAUGCACCAUUUGAAGGGGAAGAUAAAAUUAAAUAAAAAUAUUAUUGAUGGGAUUAAUAGGGAGAUACUGAUUGGUACUCCAUAUGAGCACAUCUAUACGCAUUCGAAUUUUUGGAUAUACUCCUCUUCUGAUGAGAGUGAUGACAAGAAUCUUUACGGCAACGGGUUCUACCUGAACAGCGAAGAUGCCGUGGGUUCGUCGUUCGAUUCUGUGUUUGACGACCUGUCGGAUGAGGCGGAUGGCUUUUCCAAGAUUUCCAAUUUUUUCAGGACCUUCAGGAAUAUGGACGGGAAUUUGGGCCUCUCGGGCUACUUCGGCUUUUGA